CCACCGUGGAUAAAAGCUAUCUUGGUUUCAUUGGUACUGAUCAAUAUCAAAUCUUUUCCUCUUUUAUGGCAUAUUCGGGUAUUAGGAGCUGCAGUCAUUUCUAGAAAUAGAGCAAGACCAAGCGUACAUGCACUCUUGCCAUGGAUUCGAUCAAAUAAAUAUCCAACAACUUCACCCGGAAUCACACCUCGUUUACGUUUAGACCAAGUCCCUCUCGGUCGUGAUAUCUUUACAGACAGAUUCAGUAUGAUCUUACGUGCAACACCAGACGAUUGCGAUUGGAACGGCCAUAUGAGCAACAGUUCCUAUCCACGUUCUUUGGAUCACCCCAGAAUAGCAUUCUUUUCUUCUCGAUUCUUACGGGUUCAUUUUGACGGUGGUCAUUGGGCUUUGGGUGGAAGCAACUUCAUCUUUCAUCGUGAGAUCCCGUUCAUGGCAAAAUAUGAAGUUGAAUGCUCGAUCGGUGGAUGGGAUGAAAAAUGGUUUUACAUCGUUGCACGGUUUAUGUCACCUUCUAAACCUACACCAACUCGAUCUUCAGUAGUCCGAAGCAAAUCAGCGCAAAAUCUCAAGAAGCUUCUGGGAGAACGAACGCUAUACUGUACUUCCGUCAGUCGUUAUUGCACAAAAGCAGGCAGAAAGACAAUUCCACCUUGGUUCGUCGUUGCGACUUCAGGUUAUGGAACUUUCGCAUCGACAAGGACAAACUGGGAUAAAUCAGAAAAUCUACGUAGAAACACACUUGCAAGAGCCAAAGCUGAUUAUGAAGCAAAGACGGGUAAAGCGAUGCCAAGAGAUGCAUUCGUGAUGGGAAGUGGUUAUCGUAAAGGCGGGAUUCUAUAUGCUUAUGAUCCUGCACGUAAACCAAACGAUUUAUCUGACGAACGUGGUUUGGGUUCAUUGCAAGAUCCACAAAGUUGGCACUUGGCCGAAUGGGAAGAGAGGAGAUUGAAGGGACUCGAAUUGAUCAAGACCUUAGGUGGACUUGCACAACCC